GCAGGUGCCAGCGGCGGCUAAGGUGGAUCGUGCCGGCCGCGUGUGGCGGCGUUUCCUUCCGGUGCCAGAAGGGGCGACGGCGGCAGACGCAGACGCGGCAGCCAGAGCAAGAGCGUCGGCGUCCCCCCGGCAUGGCGGCCGGCUGAGCGCUUCCCUUCCCCGAGGGCGGAGUAGGCCCCGCUUCGCCGGCCCCGCGGCGCCAUGGCCGGCGAGGAGCCGCAGAAGUUCCUGGCCCCCGACGAGCCCGGCGCCCUCCUCUCGCCGCCGCCGCCCCGCGCCCACGGCGGCCUGGGCCUGUGCGACGAGGGCUCGGCCUGCCUGGACGUCAGCGACUUCGGCUGCCACCUCUCGUCCUGCCACCGCACCGACCCGCUGCGCCGCCUGCACGCCCACCGGUGGAACUUGACUUCUUGCGGCACCAGCGUGGCCAGCUCCGAAUGUAGUGAAGAGCUGUUUUCUUCUGUGUCUGUUGGUGAUCAGGAUGACUGCUUCUCUCUCUUGGAUGAUCAAGAGUUGACGUCUUUUGAUUUGUUUCCAGAGGGCAGCGUCUGCAGCGAUGUCUCUUCCUCUAUUAGCACGUAUUGGGACUGGUCAGACAGUGAGUUUGAAUGGCAGUUGCCUGGCAGUGACAUUGCCAGUGGAAGUGAUGUGCUUUCUGACAUCAUACCCAGUAUUCCAAGCUCUCCUUGCCUGCUUCCAAAAAAGAAAAACAAACACCGGAACCUCGAUGAGCUUCCAUGGAGUGCAAUGACCAACGAUGAACAGGUGGAAUAUAUUGAAUAUCUGAGCCGUAAAGUCAGCACAGAAAUGGGACUUCGAGAACAGCUUGACAUUAUUAAGAUUAUUGAUCCCACUGCCCAGAUCUCUCCUACAGACAAUGAGUUCAUUAUUGAACUAAAUUGCCUCACUGAUGAAAAGCUGAAACAGGUCAGAAAUUAUAUCAAGGAGCAUGGCCCCCGGCAGCGGUCGGCGAGGGAGAACUGGAAGAGAAGCAGCUACAGUUGCGGGAGCGCCAGUGGAGUGAGCGGGGCCAGUGCCAGCAGCAGCAGCAGCGCCAGCAUGGUCAGCUCAGCAAGCAGCAGCAGCUCCAGUGUCGGCAACUCUGGUUCCAACUCCAGCGCCAACAUGAGUCGCGCUCACAGCGACAGUAACCUCUCUGCGAGUGCCGCGGAACGGAUCCGGGAUUCCAAAAAGCGGUCUAAGCAACGCAAGCUUCAGCAGAAGGCUUUGCGCAAGAGGCAGCUGAAGGAGCAGCGGCAGGCGCGGAAGGAGCAGCGGAGCGGCCUGUUCCUGAAUGAAGAGGUGCUUCCUUUGAAAGUAACUGAGGAGGAUCACGAAGGAGACGUGGAAGUCUUGAUGUGAGGAGGGUGAAUUGAUCAGUGUUCUUUCUAAGCCUUAAGCCCUAUGCUGUUGUUUACAUACACUUCUACCAAGGUUUUGAUUGGAGCUGGGACAAGCUAUUCUCUAUCCUAUGUCACUCAUUUAUAUUUUAAAAACAACUUUUUUUGCAAGUGAUAAGAAAUCAAGAAGAUAUUCUUUAAAAGCAAACAAACCUACGCUAGUGUAUUUUGCUCUCAAAUGUCUGUGUAUAUUCUGCUGGAAAGAUUGCAUUUCCUUCUUAGUUCCACUAAAACUAUAGAAAGGAAGUGUUUGUCCUUGGGCAAAAGUAUAUUCCUUCUACCCACUGUAUACCCACUAACUGUUUAGUUAGACUGUUUUCUGUAAAAAACAGAAACUACAAACAAGGGAGAUUUCAUUCUUUGGUACUGCAGUUCUUCCAAAGCCUAAUGCUAUGCGAAAUCAUUUUUAAAUUCCCUGAAAUGUUCAUUGCAAUUCCAUUUAGUGAAGUGCUUGGGAAAUGUGUGAGCUACCAAGCCAAAUGCAUCCUGUCAGUCAUGUAUAGCAGCCCAGAAGGAGCUGUAUUAAACCUGUGUUUCUCUGCUUGCCUGGGAAUGCAAAGCCAGUGGGUGGGGAGUAUUUGCAAGUGCCUGGUAGGCCCACGAGACAUGGGCUGCAUUGAGUUUGGUGGGUCACGCAUUGUAAACACACCUGGUAUAGUGUUAUAAAGCAUUGGGUCAGCGAGCAGAAGGAACCCCCUAGUAACAAAGACACAUUUUUCUUAUAGAUGUGUGUUCCUUUACAUGGUCCUAAUCACUGUAGUGUCAUGUGCCUUAAAAUUAAGUUGAGAAGUUUUAUUUAAAGUGAAGGUUAUGGGGAGACAGUUGCAAACCUUCAAUAAAGAGGAUCGGAAGUUCCAAAACCUGGUUAAUCCUCCAAACCACUCCAGCUUUUUGAAGAAGCCAUAUGUUAGCCACUGUCAUUCUAUCACUAGUGAAAGGUGACAGUUUUUCAUCCUGACCCUAUGUUGGAAUGCUUUCUAUCUAAAGUCAGAUAUGAGUCUUUAUUCAGUCUAAUGGCUAAAUGGAUCGGAUGUGGCUAAUAUUGAUGAGUGGGUUUCUAGAAGCACCAUGUGGAAGUGUGAACUGCAAACUCCUUAAGCAGAUGCAUGUGAAAGGACAGUUGCUCGUCUUGACUUCUGGCCCUGCAUCUACCUGGUUCAGCUUCCAUAAUGUCAACCUGUGGGAGGAGGAUUCAUAUGUUUAGCACUGCAUACAUGAGCCUUGGGUUCACACGCUCCUCUCUUGUGAUGUGGUCAGGUCUAGAUUGGAAGCGUCAGUUUCCAUUUUAAUCUAAUCACAGUUUGCUUAUUCUGAACUGGGACAAACUGCUUAGUUUGUCUGAACAAGCUAAUUCCAAACUAGUUUCUGAUUCUGGCUAAAUUAUAUGCCAUGCUAAAUUAUACUUUAAUGUUAUGUCCAGACCAUGUCUACCUGUCUCAGUUUAGCAGAAGAUGAUACUCUGGAUGGAUUUCAUACUCUUACAAAUGUUUGAAAUUCAGUAUACACGUUGGACUUCCUAUAUACCAUCUGUAACAAAGCAUUUCCUCUUCUUAGUGUUUAAAAGUAAUGCUUAAUUCUUGAGAUAACCCAGGCUCUAAUUUCAAAAUGUAGAGUCUUUUUUAAAAAAAACUAACUUCAUUUAUUCCAUGUUGUAGCAUACCUUUUAAGUAUUUGAUCCAUCUGCUUCCUCCUAGAUCUUGGUUCUUAAAACCGAAUCAGUGUCACAAUACUUUCCUAUGACUAUUUUUUUUGGAGUACAUUAUGUAUUUACUAUUUUUUAAAGUUGGUGGUCCAUCUAAAAUUAACAUGCUGGUCUGCCAAUGAAUAUCCAUCUUGACUUGCAUUAAAUUAUAAAUCCAAAAUGUAGCUAAUUGGCUAAACUGCAAUCUAAGGCCAUGCGUUUUCCUUUUAUCUCAUAGUGAAUACUAUUUACAAUUUUGGAAGCAAAAUUAGCAAGUAGGGGGGAUUUACUAAGUAGCCUUCUGUCUGUGCCCUAUUUACCUUGAGUUCUUCACAAGCUGCAGAAAUAUUUAAUUAGUAUAAGUGAGCAAAUAAUUUCCUCCCCCCCCUUUUUUCCCCCCUUUUUUUGGGGGGAAUUAUUUCUCUCUAAGCUUAGAAGGAGCACUGAAAACUUGAUUGGAAGAAAUUGCUGUUCCCUUAGCUUAACUUAAAUAUGGAGACCUGUUUACAUUUUGUAUGUAGGUGUGUAUAUCUGCAUUCAGUUUCCUCUUCUAUUAGUAAUGUUUCAGUAACCGUGUUCUAAGACUGAAACAAAGCCGUAAUGUUUUUGUAAAGCAGAAUAAAGGCGAUUACGCUCUGGUUCUUACCACUUACGUUGGCAAGCCCAACAUCUGAAAAUAUCUUUUGGUUAGUGAUAAUCUUUUCUUUUUAGUUCUAUUUUUCUACAUGGUGGUCAAAGAAAAAUCAUAGAGUUUUCCAGAGAAGUUCUCUACAUAAAACUGUAUAUAUGAAUUUAAAAUCCUUUAAGGCUGGUGUACAAUAGUUGUAGAAAAUCUUAUAGAACAUUAGCCAAAUUUCUUAUUAACACUGAAAUAAAAUGACCUGUUAGUGCUCAUCUCUCUAUCUCUCUCUCUCACCUGCUUUUUUUUUUUUUUAGAUUGCUUCAGCAAUAGUUGGCACAUUGGCCCGUUUACAUAUUAGCAUGCUUUUGAGUCUUUGGCAGUCAGGUUUUCCAGUGGAUCACUGUUUCUCAUGGCUGUCAUCUGAACACUGCAAGUUCCCUUUUGGAUCAAUGGUUCUAUCAGUGGUCUUGCAAAGAUUCCGGAUUGUGACUUGGCAAUGUGGUCAAAAUCAAAGCAAUAGUGGGCAAUUAGCAUAUGACGUGAGCCUGGAUCAUGUGCGUCUUACUGAACCGGAACACCUGAGGGGGAAGAUUGGAGGGGAAAUGUAGAUGAUUUCAGAGGUGUUUUGUAAUACUGUUGAGAAUUAAUGCAUAGCAGCUAGUAAAAUUGGUCUCCUGAUGAUAAUGUGUUUCAUAACCAAAGCAAAGAGGGUGUUUAACUUUGGAGAAAAUGCUUCAGAUGGUAUAUAUAUAUAUAUAUAUAUAUAUAUAUAUAUAUAUAUAUAUUAAAACUGGACUAUUUUUUCCAGAAUUUCUGCUAAAAAUGUAUUGUAUGCUGAAAUGCACAUGUAUAUACAACUACUGUACAUUCUGUAUCUAGUUGCAACAAUGUUUGUAGACAACCUUUUCUUUUUUGAUGUUGUGAAGGAUUGAACCAAUAGGUAUAAAAAAUAUUGAGCAAAUGUCUCAUUCCACCUCCCCAAAAAGGCUCUCAAUUGUAUUUGAAAAUAGUCACAUGAAUAAGGUAGUUUGGAAUAGCAUUAAAAAAAUGCAACAUGCUUAUGCAA